ACGUGCUCCUGAAGCUGGCAGGGGUCUCGCUGAAUCACCGAGAUUUGCAGUCCUCCUGCCUCAGCCUCCCGAGUGUUAGCACGAUUUUAGUAGCCACGUUCAGACUAGAACUGCCCCUAGCAAAACUGGGGCACCACUCAAGGCGCUAAGCUCAGGUCCCUUUCUGGCCCAAUUUAGAAACUGGGCAAGUUCUUGUGGCCUCCACGCUUGAGGGAAGGAAUGAGGUUACUAGCCGCUGACAUGCCUAGAGACAGGUCGGACAAGCCCCAGCGAAAAAGGUGGGGACUCGAGGUAGCUUUACUCUAAUCCCUUGUAUUGGUCCCGAUUUAUUUUACUACUCUUCUGGAACUUUGGGUAUAUGUGGCCUCUUCAUCAUUCCUUAUCCUUAAGAAAGGUAAAGUGAGAUACUCCUAUUUUCCCCUGCUCCUAGAAGUGGAUACCCCAAGCCUAGGCUUACUGCCUUGUUGCAGUUGAAGUGUAAGGAUCUGAAUAAAAAUCACCACAUCUCUACAAGAAGGAUGGACUAUUCUUGGCUUUUCAAGUUUUCCCCCCCUAGUCUUCAGUUUUUCCUUUCUGCAUGAUAGGGAAAUUCUUUGAUUCCCAAUAGAAUUCAGAGAAUUUUGGCUCUUCAGGAGAUAACUAUGGGAAACAAACUCAAACAGGGGUUGAGAGGAAAUUGAGUUGGACUCCCACCUGAUCCCUCACUGUGGUAGGAUGAAUGUGGGGGUGGCACACAGUGAAGUAAACCCCAACACCCGAGUGAUGAAUAGUCGGGGCAUCUGGCUGGCCUACAUCAUCUUGGUAGGACUGCUGCAUGUGGUUCUACUCAGCAUCCCCUUCUUCAGCAUUCCUGUUGUCUGGACCCUGACCAACGUCAUCCAUAACUUGGCAAUGUAUAUCUUCUUACAUACAGUGAAAGGAACACCCUUUGAAACCCCUGACCAAGGAAAGGCUCGGCUACUGACGCACUGGGAGCAGAUGGACUAUGGGCUCCAGUUUACCUCUUCCCGCAAAUUCCUUAGCAUCUCUCCUAUCAUACUCUAUCUCCUGGCCAGCUUCUACACCAAAUAUGAUGCUGCUCACUUCCUCAUCAACACUACCUCACUGCUCAGUGUACUGCUGCCUAAGUUACCUCAAUUCCAUGGGGUUCGUCUCUUUGGCAUUAACAAAUACUGAGGGAUGGGGCUAAGAACAGUUCCACGGGCAUGGAGAAGGUGCUGGAAAAUAAGGCUAUAACAUCUUCCCCUUUGUGUGUCUUGAAAGUCCGAGAAGUAUAUAACCUCUCCCCAAACUCUCAGAAAGGGGAGAUUAGGAAAUGGGGCUCCUGGGCCCAGCCCUGCUAUGUGCAAGAUUCUUUGAAUCCGGAAAAGCAGAUGGGGUUAAGAGCCAAAUCAACAGGAAGGUAUCCAAGUUUGGGCAGCUUGUUUGGUGAUUACAUUUUUCCAUAUCUUCCACCCCUACCACCUUCUAGCUUCUGCUUUGUCUUUUCCUUAUAAUAAAGUAACUUUUUCAGUGAUGGCUACAAUUCAAUCA